AUGGAUAAACUAAUAGAAAAUGCCGCCACAUGUGAGUUACGAUCUGUGAUUCGUUUUUUAAAUGCAGAGAAUAUCAAACCAGUUGAUAUUCAUCGUCAAAUUUGUGAAGUUUAUGGAGAAAAUGCGAUGAGUGAUUCAAUGGUAAGGAGAUGGGUGCGACUUUUCAAAGAAGGCCGUACAAAUGUUCACGAUGAAGAACGAACUGGGCGACCAUCUUUGAUUAGUGGCCAGAACUUCAACGAAGAUGAUGAGGUGAAAAAGGCUAUUAGCGCAUGGUUACAAUCACAGGCGUCAUCUUUCUAUGAUGAAGGGAUACAAAAACUAGUACCUCGAUAUGAUAAGUGUUUAAAUAAUGGUGGUAACUAUGUUGAAAAAUAG